GUCUGAGCAAUUGGAUGGUUCAAUCCUCAGGAUGUCAUCACCUUUCAGUUUGUGCAAGCAUGCAACGCUCAACAAGCACCGAGAAACUCGUAAUCCCAUCACAAUUCUUCACCAAUCUGGGUUGGCAUAUCGGAGGCGAGCCGCCUUGCCUCGCCCACCUACUCUUUCCACACAAUGGAGACAGUGUUUUGCGAAUGCAAAAAGUGCGGUGCGCCAAUUGGGCGAUUUGUUAAUCUCUGGACUCAAAUCGGCAAAAGUUACUUCAGCCCAGUGGUAGAACCAGAAGACGACUUGGCCAUCCAAUAUCAUGGUACAAUUAGAAUCGGGGAGCAAGGCACGUUGGUGGAAGGAUGCCAUUUACAAGACAUCAUCUGCCGCGGCUGUGCAGCUCUCCUGGGGCUCCGAUGCAUCCAAACUCCGGUGAACCAUGUUCUGGAUGAGAACCAACUUCUCCUAAGGCUUGCUUCCGUAGACCUGCUCGACGGCGACGGCCAAGAAAUCGAGUUCGCCAUCAAGCGAGUUCUCAGUGUCAACGAGCCUUCGAAGGUGAACAUCAGAAAGUGUCCGGAUUCAACUCGUGGAGCCAAUUUUGCUUCAGUCGCUUCUGCAGCAGAACUGGAGCAACUGCAAAUUGACCUGCACAUCCAAAGAGAAGACAUCAAGCGCAUCGAUAGCAAUGGCUUCAAAAUUGUCUCGGCUUUGGACAAGAGGGCAGCCCGCGUUGAGGGCGAAGUCACAACGCUGAAAGGCACAGUUCCCAGCAUUCAGCGUGAUAUUGGGAAUCUCCAGCAGGAGCUGGGGGGGAUAAAAACAGAGAUGGGACAGCUGAGAGAAUCUGGGGGAAAUGCAACUGCCAUUGCAAGACUCGAGGACCGGCUCACCUCGGUGACCAGCAAUCUUGGAGAAGUGGGACUCCAGCUCGCCGCGUUGAACACGCAGCUUCAGAAAGAUGUGAGCGAGCUCAAAUCCGAACUCAGUCGGCAGCGACAACAUAUGGAAGACUUGAGGUUGGAAAACAGGAGCAGCGUGGUUAUUGACGAUCAUACUCAAGAUCUUGCUGCCCUUCGCGCCGAGAUGGCGCAGCUGCGACGGCAGCUGGACGAGACUCGCUUCCAAAGCGUUGGGCGAGGCGAAACAGCAUUUCCUUCCAGGGAGCUUGACGUGCUCACAAGCAAUAUCGCCAAAAUUGGCAACCGGGCCAGCCUGGUCGAAACCUUACAGAUGGAGGCACGCGGAAACGAGCGGCAUCGCCAGGCGCUGGCCCUUCCCCCAAGAGGCCUGCCUCCUCACUAG